AUGCUAGGAUCCUUGUAGAACCUCUACGAUGACACCAACCUCAACGAUUCUUCGUACAUUCUUUGUAUUCUGGCUUUGAUAGUCAGUCUCAAGAUUAUCUCUAAUUACCAGACUGAAAAAAUGCGAUUCCACUAUAACAAAUAAAGCACAUUAAUGAGAGAAUUUGUGAAAACCUCAAAGAUUAGAGAGUAUACUUACACUCCUUAUUGGUGCACACUCAAUGCCUUCACAAACUGCAUGAUAUUCCUAUUCUGCGAAUUAGCAUCUAAGUUAAUGAAGCCUGUCAAGUAUGAAAGAGAGCUAUUCACUCUUUCGGAUGGCGGUACAAUUGCCUUAGAUUGGAUUGUUGAUCAUGAAGGCGGUCUUCCUAAAAAACACUCACAAAGACCAGUAAUCUGCAUGAUGUCUGGACUCAGCGGAGGAAACGAUAACCUUUACCUUAUAUCUCUUGUUAAGGAGGCUAUGAGGCUAGGCUACAAAUGCGUUAUCAUAAACUACCGUGGGACCUCUGGAGUUAAGCUGACGUCAUCUAAAAUUUACUGGAUGAAUCAAUGGGAGGAUGUUAAGGAACCCAUCGAUUACAUCAGUCAGAAGUACUGCAGAGGAGAAGAAUAUCUCAAGAGAAGUCUCUAUGGCUAUGGUGCCAGUCUUGGAGGAUAAUUCCUCUCUAGUUAUCUUAUCCACGAAGGACAAAACUCUGUUUUAGACGGAGCCAUUACCUAUGGGCAGCCAUUUAACUUGAAAGAUAACGUGGAAUUCUUUAAGAAAAAUUGUUUCAAAUUUUUUGACUUUGGAAUGGGCUUCAUUUACUCACUAGUGCUGUAGCAUGAUAUAAUGCCAGACCUCAAAAACUACAUAUCCCAAGAGCAGUACAAUCAAAUGUAAGAAAAUAUUAAGAAGCACAGAUGCAGUCUAAUGGAUUUGGACUAGAAUGUCUUGAUUCCAUAUGUGGGAUACAAGGAUCUUAAUGAGUACUAUAACUACACCUAGGCCCAAGGAAAGAUUCAUAAGAUAAGAACACCUAUUAUGUUUCUUAACAGCGAAGAUGAUCCCUGCAUCUAGAAAGAGCUUUACCCUUUCAAGGAAUGCGAGGGUAAUGAAUUUACUCUACUAGCCAUGACCAAGAGAGGUGGUCAUUGCAGUCACAUUACCGGUGGAGUGAGACCAUUCUAGUGGUUCUCUGCACCCUGUAUGGAGUUUUUUGAAUUCUUAGAGAAUAAGAAAAGAGCCACCACAAAAGUCGAAUGA